AGCCACCGUACAGGAAGGCUUACAGUCGACGCCGACCAUCAGAAGGAGAUGUACCACUUCUAUCUUGAUUUGCGUGCCGCCCCUCAACUCGGCUGAGUUCUGACAGUAGACUACCAUAUCCCAAGAAUCACCAUGUCGUCCAACUACUCCAACAAUAUGAUGAACGCACUCUGGAACUUCAUGGCCCCUGGUUUCUACAACUACGGUCGAAUCGACCCUGAUGCGGACGUGGAGUCUAUCCCGGAUCUUAGCCAAGCUAAUGAAGACAUGGUUCACUACCUUAUCGCAGAGCUGGGAAUCACGAAAGAUGCUAGGCUACUAGAGCUGGGUUGUGGUAAAGGAAUGUAUACCAUUAGGAUAGCUGAAGAAACAGGUUGCACUUACACUGGCAUUGAAAUAAAUGAAGAGUACGUCGAAAACGAGUGCAAGAAGCGGGCCAAGCUGCAUGGAGUAAGUGACCAGGGAGAAUUCAUAACGGGUUCCAUGAUUGAUCUUUUACAACAUGUUAGAAACCAGACCUUCACUCACAUCAUGAUGAACCAAACCAUGUACUACUGCCACAACGACCUGAAUAACCUGUUCGAUCAGAUAGCCAGUGUCAGCACUGAAGAAACCAAGAUCUUCUCCUGGGACUUCGUUCGCAGGUGCGGCUGGGAAGACUGCAAGAUACCUAACUCACAUUUGAAGUUGCCACAUCCUAUACUAACCAAGGAGGAGGUCUUUAGGAUGAUUGAAAAGUCAAAGCUGGACCUGGCUGGAUUUGUGGACGCAACAGACACCAUUAUACCCGGUUACAAGAUCAUGGAGCGGGAAUGCAGGAAACGAGAUCCAGACCUGACAUCCCUGACUUAUCCAAGAAUGGGCAGGGGCUUUAUGACUGGACUGCUGGCGUGUGUUUAUUACCAUCUUAAGCUACAAACGGUACCACCGAAAAUGAACAUCGCACCAGGACGGUACACAAAUGGCAACCACUAAGACGUCUUUACAACAAGAACUCGAGGAGCUUCCAACAUCCUGACUCCUAUCUUAAUUUAAAUAAGUAGUGAUAGACUUUACAGUUUACAUCCUAAUAUGGCACUAGCUUUGCCAGUAAUAUUAUAGAAUGGCUCAAGAAGACGUUCUUAACUUGCACGAUAAAUGACAGUGUAAAAAGGUGCAUGACAAAUACCCAUACAAGAUCAAAGUUUUGAAUAAAGUUCUGAGUAUAAUAUACUUCCGUUUAAGAUGUUAAUUUCACAAUUUUCCGGUUUGUUAAAUAAUUUCCCAUUUAUUACAUUUGAAAUGGUGAUUUUUGGUCCCAUCUCAGCUCAA